AUGGCCAUGUCAAGGGGCGGAGGCUCAUGGCACGACGCUAAAAAGAGCGUAGCCCCGGCCACAUCGCCCAUAACACCUCCCAAGUCGACAAUGGCACCGACAGUGGCGUCGCUUCUACUUCUCUUCCCAAUUUACUUGACUUCUCGCGUCGUCGCUGGUCCGUGCAUAUUUCGCGAAGGAACUCAGCAGGUUAUCUAUGGUAUUCGAAAUGGUAUUGUGCAUUUUCGCGUGGUCCUUCGUGGAAUUCCACAGUCGGAAUCGGGAUGGACUGGUGUAGGAUUUGGAAAGGGAAUGAUCGAUGGCAUUGACACUAUUGUUGUUCGACUGGACAAUGGUCAUGUUAGGGUAACGGACGAGUAUGUGCGCGGCUACACUGCAUCCACACCAGACACGAUCAGCAACGUCGUGGUGCAUAGCAGCAGAAUCGAAGGCGAUACUUUAUCGGUGACGUUUUCGAGACCUGUGAACUCCAUGGAGUACCCCUAUGACAGUUCUCUUCUAGGAUGUCAGCCAUGGCAGUUUGUGAUUGGCUUGAAUCGCAUGGGACCGAGUGGUGAGAUGCACCAUCAUAAAAUCACGCCCGUUCAUCGGGUAGUUUGCAUCGAUGAGUGCCGAAUUUAG